UCAGUUCAUUUUCAGAAAUUAACUUGUAAUUACUGGGCAAGUGAAACAUUUGUAAAUUGUUAAUUAAGUUGUUCAUACAGUCAGUCAAGUCAGUGGCAGGAGCCACAUUCCUGUGUUCUAAACCUGAUUUGCAUGUGGAAUCGUGGAAUGUUCUGUAGAAUAAUGGUAGAAUUCCAUGGGACUCAUCUCAGAUUCUUUGGUGGAAUCCUCGGCGCCUAUUAACCAAACGCCCACAAGAAUCGAUCAUUUCAGCUCAGUCAACAGAUCACAGCGGCCACAUUGACCCGAGCUCCCCGAUUUCCAACAAUUCUCCUUUCAACACAAAGAAGAAACAAAAAUGGAAAUACUAAGAGACGCCAUCCGCAGAAGAACCCUUUGCACCGAGGAGGCACCACAAGCUGCUCCCGGCUUGCUGCAAAGGAUCUUCAGGUAUCUCAACCCCUGGGGUCAACCUCCCACUGUGGCCCAGGAACAUCUGCAGGAGUCACCACUGCAGGAUGACUCAACCCACCCGGACACAAACCCAGAGACCGAGGAGGCACCACAAGCUGCUCCCGGCUUGCUGCAAAGGAAUCUCAACCCCUGGGGUCAACCUCCCACGGUGACCCAGGAACAUCUGCAGGAGUCACCACUGCAGGAUGACUCAACCCACCCGGACACAAACCCAGAGACCGAGGAGGCACCACAAGCUGCUCCUGGCUUGCUGCAAAGGAUCUUCAGGUAUCUCAACCCCUGGGGUCAACCUCCCACAGUGACCCAGGAACAUCUGCAGGAGGCUCCACAAGCUGCUCCCGGCUUGCUGCAAAGGAUCUUCAGGUAUCUCAACCCCUGGGGUCAACCUCGCCCGGUGCAGAAAGACUCAAUCUUCAGAAGGAUCUUCAGGUAUCUCAACCCCUGGGGUCAAAAAAACCCAAACCAGGGAGUUAGGGGUGGACAAAACAAGACCAAAAAGAUGAAAAAAAGGUUCAAAAUCAAACUGAUGAUUGUGGGACUCAAAUACGGCUGGAGAACAAAGAUCAUGUAUUUCCUCCUCCUGUUUCUGUUUGCUGGUGGAGUGACACAGCACCUACACCUCAGCAACCAGCUACAAGACGCCCGGCUGCAAAUAACCACCCUCACGCAGCUGAUGGGCCGAUUGAGUCCCGUCGCAGACACAAUGGCCAACUUCGCCCAGGAGUCGCAGGGAGCCAGAGUCCUCCACCGCCUGUCCUCAGACACGUUCCGGACCUCGAUACAAGACAAAAUAAUGGACCAGCUGCUCUCCUGGGUCACCACCUCCACCGACCACCAAAGAAUCAUCCAGGACCACUCAAGGUCGCACCCCGGAGAGGGCUGGUGCUUCGCGGGGGCCAAGGGACACGCCGUCGUCUCCUUGUCGCAUCACGUCGAGGUCACGCACAUCACAAUCGGUCACAUCACAAAAAGGCAGUCACUGACCGGGGAAAUCAACAGUGCGCCGAGGGAGUUCUCCAUCUACGGAUUGGUGCACGACAACGACGAAGGCAUCCACCUGGGGAGCUUCGCGUACAACAAGAACGGCCUGAGCUCCCAGACCUUUGAGCUGCCUGUCCCAGUCAAAGAUGUCUUCAGCCACGUCAAGCUCGAGAUAAAGACAAACUGGGGGGAUGAAGACCAAACGUGCCUCUACAACUUCAGGGUGCACGGGUAUCCGGUGUCUGGUUAGGGUGUAGAAGGUCGACCAACCCUGAACCGUCCAAGAACAAAUGAGAUGUCAUCAAAUACAUAAAUAUGUGAUCAUGGGUAUGCAUAAAUAGAUGUAUUAGAUGACAUGUUCACAGAUGUGUUCGGGUUGGUUUGCCUUCCCACGUGGGUUUUCUCCGGGUUCUCCGGUUCGCCCCAACACACCAAGCAUUGUUUGGUUUACAGUUGGCAGAAGAGGAUUAGGUCUUUUGGGUUUUCUCCGGGUUCUCCGGUUCGCCCCAACACACCAAGCAUUGUUUGGUUUACAGUUGGCAGAAGAGGAUUAGGUCUUUUGGGUUUUCUCCGGGUUCUCCGGUUCGCCCCAACACACCAAGCAUUGUUUGGUUUACAGUUGGCAGAAGAGAAUUAGGUCUUUUGGGUUUUCUCCGGGUUCUCCGGUUCGCCCACACACACCAAGCAUUGUUUGGUUUACAGUUGGCAGAAGAGAAUUAGGUCUUUUGGGUUUUCUCCGGGUUCUCCGGUUCGCCCCAACACACCAAGCAUUGUUUGGUUUACAGUUGGCAGAAGAGAAUUAGGUCUUUUGGGGUUUUCUCCGGGUUCUCCGGUUCACCCACAUUA